AUGGAUACUGAUAAUAUUAAUCUUAAAAUUUAAUCAACAAUUAUUUAACUUUUUGAAAUAGUAAUUUCUCAAAUUAAAAAUAAAAAUGUGACUACUCUUGAAAAAUUGCAACUUUAUAAAAUCCUUUAUAUAACAAAUACUUGCAAAAGAGUUUAAUUAGGAUAUAUAGAAUUAAAAAUAUUCAUCGCUAAUUCUUAAAAGUAAUCUCUCUAUUUUACAAUAAUAACUAAUUUACUCUAAGAAAAGAUGUCAAAAAAAAAAAAAUAAUAUAUAAAUGAUUAAUCCAAAAGUCUAUCCUUAACAGAUAUUCGUAAAGCUGAAUUAUUGUAUGAAAACUCAAUAAGUUUAAUAGUUUAAAUAUUAGAUAUGAAAAUUAAGUUUUGGAUUGAUUUAGAAAAAGGUUAUCAAAGAAUUGAAGAAUUUGCAAUGAGUGCUUAUAAAUUAAGUAUAAAAAUAUGGUAAAUAAGAGAUUCCUUUUUUAAUCGUUUUUCUAUUGAACCAUUGAAGUUGUAAUCUCGAUUAAUACAUUUUAAUAUACUCGAAUUAAAACUUUUGGCAAUUUUAUAUUCUGCAAUUCUAAAUGAUUAUCAUUCAACUUUAGAUAUAGAAUAAAAGGUUGAAGAGAUUCUUUAAUAAGAGAAAAAUUCAUAAAAUGAAUAUAUUAAUAAUAUGACUCUUAUUAAUGAAGAUUUAAUAAUCAUGGCAGUUAGCUUUGUAAAAUAAAAGAACUUAAUUUUAAAUAAAAAUAGAUGUUAAAUAGCAUAGUUUUUUGGAUAUGAGAAUGAAAAGGAUUUUACAAAUAUCAUUUCAAUUGAAUAAUUGAUGCCUCAAUAUAUUUAAUAAAUUCAUGAUAAACUUUUAUAAAGAUAUAUGAAAAAAGGUUAUUCAUCAUUUUUUGAAUAUCACAAGGAAGUUUAUGUUAAAAUGAAAAACAAUUUUAUUAAAUCAGUUAACAUGAAUUUAAUACAUAUGUAUGAAUUAGAUUCUGAUUAUAUUAUCACUGGAGCACUUUAAAAAGUGAAAUAAAGUUAUGAUUUCAUUAUUUUUGAUAGAAAAGGAAAGAUAUUAGGUAUAAGUGAAUAGAUAUUUCAUAUUUUGGGAACAGGUUUUAGUAUAGAGUAAUUAUUAAAUAAAGGUUACAUUUACUUUUGGAUACCUAAUGUAUUUGAAUUAAUAUCAGAAGAGAAAACUUAAUUAUUGUAAUCACCAGAUAUGCAAACUAGAAGUAUUCUUAAAUCAUAAUUUAUAAUCUCUAUUAAUAAUUUUAAUCAGCUUUGGUAAGAUCAUGAAUUUAGUAGAACUAAUAGUACAAAUAAAAAUAAAGACUCCUAGAGAUAUUAUUCAGAAUUAAAUGAAACAGAAUAAAUGAUUACAUAAGGAAAUAUCAAUUCAAUUCAUUUUUUAAAAGAACAAAAUGUCACAUUAAUAAAUGAAUUUUUAACUAAAUAUAAUUAAAGUAAAUAUGCCGAUUAAGAUAAUUUAUACUAAAUAAAAUAUUCAAUAUCUUUUAAUGUAAUAGGUGGUGAUUUGAUACCCUAAUUUGUAAUUCAAAUUAAUGAAAUUGAAAAAGUUAAUCCAAGAAAAUAAGGAUAAACUUUUUCAAUGAGUUUUUAUAGCACUAUAAAAAAAAGUACAAUUAAUGAAAAAUUAACAGAAAGUUGCUUUGUUUAUGAAAAUGAGAUGAACGAUAAAAAUGAUAAUAUGUAUAUAAAUCCACCAAUAAUAAAUAAAUUAAGUAGAAUUCAAGAUUCAAAAAUAGAGGACAGUUAAAAUAAAUAUCCUAUAUAUAAUUAAAGUAAUGAAUAAUUUAAAUUGAUUUCUCCUAGAGGUAAUAAAGAAAUAUUAAUUGGAAUUGAUGAUUACGAUGAUGAAGAUGAAGAUUAAAAAUUUUAAGAUGCUCCUAAAAGUAGUUCUUAAUAAAACAACAAUAAACCUGAUAUGGUUUAAGCAAUUUAAUAAUAUAAAGAAUUAGAUUAAGAAUUUAAAGAUAAUGCUAAAUAAUCACAAUCAAGUGGAACUUCAGAUAGAACAUAGAUGUCUGUUUUUAAUAUUCUACGAAAUUUAUAGUAUUCUUAACGAUAUUAAACAACUCUUAUUAAAGUUUUUAUAAAUACAACUUUUUUAUUUAUAAUUCUAUUAUUUUUAAUCGUUCUUUAAUUAAUCAUAUCAAGAAGUAAUACUAAUAAUUUGCAAUAUUAAAUUCCUCUUGUAGGAUUACCAGAUGAAUUCAGUCGUAUAUAUAAUACAUUUACUAUAUUUGGUUAGAUGGAUUUAGAACUUAAAAUUUUAAAUAUAACACAUGGAGCUUAUUAUGAUCAUCGUAUUGAAUAAGAUAGCAGUAUUUUAAGGGAAAAAUUGUUGGUUUUGAUUGUAGAAAUAGAAAAAGAGUUUUCAAAAUUAGAUUAAUAAGGUAAACUUAGUUAAGCUUAAGUUAAAAUUGUAAAUUAAUAUAGUUUUAAUUAAUUUAAUAUUUCAAUUUUACAAUUUAAUUAAAUGGUAAAUGAAUAUACUGAAGCUUUAGAUUAGCUUUUUGAUUUUGAUCAUUAUUAAGAUGUAGUUAAUGAAUAAGUGAGAUUGUUAUUCUUAAAAGCUAAUUUAAAUAAUUUAUUAGAAUUUGUAAGUAAUUUAAUAGAAAAUAUAGUAGAUGAGUUUUUUCAUAAUAUUGAAAAUUAUGAAUUGCUCUACUUAAUAUUUUUAUUUAUUGAAUUACUUAUAAUAAUAGUUGCUAUUUUAUUAUAAUUUCCUCUUUGGGUUGAUCCUUAUAUUUAUAAAUAGAAUAUUCUCCUUAUGAUCUAAAGAGUUUAAGAAAAAGAGAUAGAUUUAUUAUUAAUUAAAUAUAAAUCAUUUAAAGAAAUAUUACAAAAUGAUAUAAAUUAAUGGAAGCAAGUUAAUUAUUUUAAAGAAUUCUUCACUUGUAGAAUAUCAUAAUUGAGAAAAAUACAAAAAUUAAAAUAAUAGCAUGAGAUUAAUAAAAAAUAAAAUAAGAUAUAAUAGAGAGCUAAAAUAAAUACUAGAAUUUAAGAAACUUAAUAUUCAGUAGUUCGUAUAUAUUUUAUGCUAAUUUUUCUAUGGUUAACAAUGACAUCAUUUGUAUUAUCGUCUUACUUAUUCUAAUAUAUUAAUAUUAUGAAUUCUUAUCCUGAAUUAAAUCUAUGUAUGUAAUUUGUAAGAUUUAAAUAAGAAUUUGAUGCUACAAUGAUUAUUAGUUAAUUAAUGAAAAAUGCUCCAUUAUUAGCUUAAUAUUAAAGUGAAAGCGAGAUUUAUAGUAGAAAUCCAGAAUAUUAUAAAAACGAUGGAUUUUUUAUAAAAAAUAAUUAGGAUUUAUUGAAUUAAUUUAAAAGUAGUUAUGAAGCUGGGUAAAAUUUAUAUUCUAGUAUUUACUAAAACAUCGUAGCUUCAAAAAAAAUAAGUGAUUCUAAUAAAGAUUUAUUAUUAGGAUUAUAUUAAAAUGAUUUAUGUGUUUAUAUUAAUGAGUAAUUACCUUUUUGUGCUUAUUAGAAUGGCAAAUUUACUUAUUUUCCUGAUUAUCCAAGUGCAGAGGAAAUAAAUAAUAAUCGAGAACGUUUAAAAUAAGGAUUUAAUGGUAUUUAUUAAGAGUAAAUAUAUUUAUUAAUAAAAUAGAGUAUCAGCGUUAUUUGCAAGUAAAUUUGUUAAAGAACUAAAUGGAAAUUUAGAAAGUGAUGCAGAUGAAAUAAAGAAUUUCUUAAAAACUCAAGAAUAUUACUAAAUAUUAUUGCCUUAUUUUUAUGAUUUAAAUAAAGCGAUUGAAUUGUUUUAUAAGACAAUCAUAAUUACUUCUGUAGAUAUAUUAGAAUUGGAUUAUCAAAAUUAUUUAAUCUAUACAAUAAUUUAUGGAUUUAGUGCAUGUUUUAUAUUAUUUUAUGUGAUAAUCUAUAAUACAAGAAGAUUAUAAAAAUAAAUAAGAGCAAUUAGAUAAGCUCUAAUAUUGUUACCUCAUGAAAGUUUAUUAGAUGUUUAAGUUUAUAAUGCUAUAAAAAGAUUUGAGUAAAGAAUGUGA